AUGGGAAGUGUAUCGGGAGAUUCUAUAUUGCAGGAAGACAUAGAGUUUUAUGAUUCCAUACAACGUUACACAAACAACCAGGUAGACAUAACCUCGGAGGAUUCCGGAUUCUAUCCGUAUGAUAUACGAAUCGUGAAGCGCCACGACAUACGCAACAUGGCAUAUAUGGACACCGCCUCGACUGAGGUUUACGUAUCGCAAAAUGUCGUCAGAGGAGACCCGAACUCGGCAAUAGACGCUGACAGGCUCAUGACAGUGUCCCUGCCGUACGACGAUGAGUGUGACACCGACUACGAGAACUCUGGAAGCGAGUCUACGCUCGCAAGCCAAUAUGCGCAGCAGGGUCAGGAGAACGAUGAUGAAAAUCGGUCUACUGGCACGCAGCAGAAGGCAUUUUCAAUCAACAUGGAGCUGGCAAUUUACAUGCUCGUAUUCGUGAUAACGAAUUCCGCCCAACCUCUGCUGAUUUGCCUGCUGAGACAGAAAGGUGGAACUCCUAAUGGAACCUACACAUUCCUCAUACCGACCUACAUGGCCAUGAUCUGCGUAGGCUACUACCCUACCACGAAAAGCAUAUGGGAGGAGUCAUGGUCUUACCCGUUAAUGCUAUCGGGACUGGAUAUCGUACACCAGGUUGUCGAAAAAGCCGGGCUCGUGGCUUGUGGACCGUCAAUCUACACUAUCGCAUCAAGUACCAAUACCAUGUUCCUGGCACUACUGUCCAGCGUGGUGCUCCGGAAAAGAAUCUCUGGGAUGACUUGGGCAUCCAUAUCGCUAAUCUCGGGGGCCAUAGCAAUCAGCGGGCUCACGCAGAUCGAGGAAAUCACCACCACACAAAUACUGGGGUUCUUAUUGGUCGUCGCAGCAGCGCUGGUCAACGCGUUCAACUCCAUCAUUAGUGAAGACCUGCUACGGAAGAAAAAAAUUGAGGGGCCGAACUUGGUUUGCAUGAUGGGGAUGAUAUCGCUGGCGAUAUUCUUCGUGUGGUCACUGAUAUUCACCAUCCCGCAAAGGCACAUGCUAUUCAGCUCGAAAAACGCGAUAAACCCCUUCGACCUUUCGAGCGUCCUCAGCAUACUGUUCGCGCUCUUCAUCUCGAACUUCUUCCGCUCGUCAGUCUACUAUUAUAUAGUCAAGGAGGCCGGCUCGGUGUGCUGUGGUGUGCUCAAGGCCGUUCGCAUCAUCAUCGUCGUCGCGGGUAGCCACGCUCUAUUCUCGUACGCGGACAAGUCGCAAGCCAUGACCACCGGGAAGUUCAUAUCGUCCUUGGUAUGCUCCCUCGGGGUCAUCAUGUACUCAGUCGAGCACGCCAGCAUCCAGAAACCGAAGGAUGCUUGA